CUCAGGCGUUAUCCGCUUUUGCGUUUGUUGUUCUUCGUCCCCGCAUGCCAGAUGAUGAAGCCGAGACCUUCGAGCUUUACCUACACCACGUCUACAACAACGAGUUCGCCUGCAUUCUGGCUUCGCUACCUGCUGCUGAGGUCUUGCGAUGCGAACGAUACAACUUGGCUAAAUUGUAUGUUCUUUGCGAGAAGUUGCAAUACACGACGGAGGCUCUUGUGACCAGCAUCUACAAAGUUCGCGCCGACGGACAAUAGAGAAUCCCCAAUACGAAGGAGAUCGAUAUCAUCUACAAAGGCACUGUGAAGGGCUCUCCUGCAUGUCGACUUCUUCUCGACGUCCUCACCUACAGUAUCCACGCUGAGUGGUUACAACCAAG